AUGCAUCGCCUUCGCCGGCUGGCGGUUUCUAGAGGAUGUUCUUCUUCAUGGCGUCCAGCUGGUGCAAGGUUGUCGACAUCUUCGGAGGGCCACCUCCCGGCGAUCGCGAAGCUCAGGAAUUCCAAAGAGCACCUGUCUUUCUUCAUAAGCUUCCGCGACAAACUGGGGCCAAGGGAGGUGUGCUACUUGCUCAAGAGCCUCUGGCAAAAGGUGGAGCUGGAGCAUGAAAGCGAUGUACUGUCCGCAAGGAAGGCGCUGUUCAACGAUCCUGACUUCAUAGCCAUCCUCAAGGAUGUGCUGUUCAAGCUGAAUCGUUACGCUGCGCGUGAGUUGCCGGACUUGGUUCAUGUCCUGCAUCAUAUGACCUGGAACGAUAAGCACCUGUUUAAGAUCGUGGAGCCCCGCUUGAUUCAAGAGCUGCCCUCGGUGAACCUCGGGGACAUCCCCCGUGUCGCUGAGAGUUUCGUGGGCGUGGGAUGUGGGAGCCGAGUCCUCUUCCAGGAGUUGAUCCACUUGAGUCUCCAGGCCGCCCAGCACUUCUCUGCCCAGCAGGUGGCCUCGCUGGUAACCUCCUUCUCGAGGUCGCCGCACAAGCCGAAGGCAUUUCUGAUCGGCUUCUGUCCGACAGUGGCUGCCAAUCUGAACUCCUUUGAUGCAGCAGAGCUCACGAAGGUCAUCGUCGCUUAUUCCGAAUGGCCCGGUGAGGUUUCUACCGACUUCAUGGAGCAAGUCAUGGAGGUGCUGUGCUUCGGCAGCUCAGCCAUGACGAUGAAG